CCCCUUUAGGUGUGAAAAGGAGCCCAGGAGGACAUGCAGUGAGAGUGCAGGUUCUAUCCAUCAUAACCUUCUCCUCUCUGUGCAGGAGUUGUGGAGAGAGAGUGAAUGAGUGAGAGAGAGAGGGGAAGAACACGCCCGCUCCGGCUGAUAGACAGUGCGCGCCUCUCUCUCUCUCUUUCUGUGUCCGUGGGAAGGAAAGGACGGGCUCCGUCUCUCCAGGGCUGCGCUUGUGCUUUCCGAGCGCGCUGUGUGUGUGUGUGUGUGUGUUGCAGAGAGAGGAGUGUGUGUGUGUGUGUGUGUGUUGGGCGCCAUGAAUAAGCUGUAUAUCGGUAAUGUGAGCGCGCAGGCGAGCGCGCGGGACCUGGAGACGCUGUUCUCUCAGUGGGAGAUCCCCUUCCGCGCGCCCUUCCUCAUCAAAACCGGAUACGCGUUCGUGGACUGCCCUGAUGACAAAACCGCCAUGAAGGCCAUUGAUACACUUUCAGGAAAAGUAGAACUUCACGGAAAACUCCUCGAGGUUGAGCAUUCAGUCCCCAAGCGUCAAAGGAGCUGUAAACUGCAGAUCAGGAAUAUCCCGCCACACAUGCAGUGGGAGGUGUUGGACGGAUUAUUAGCUCAGUAUGGCACAGUGGAGAGUUGUGAACAAGUCAACACGGACACGGAGACGGCUGUAGUGAACGUGCGUUAUGCAGUUAAGGAGCAGGCCAGACAAGCAGUUGAGAAACUGAACGGUUCCAUGAUGGAAAACUAUGCACUGAAGGUGUGCUACAUCCCCGAUGAGACUGCACUCUCUGAUCCUCCAGCAGUGGGCAGCAGGAGAGGAGGGUCGCCACGCGGCCCACCACGCCAGGCUUCGCCCUCUCUGGUUACUCGCCCUAAGCUGCAGUCCGACAUUCCACUCCGCAUGCUCGUGCCCACCCAGUUUGUGGGCGCCAUCAUCGGCAAAGAGGGUGCUACCAUCCGUAAUAUUACCAAACAGACGCACUCGAAAAUUGAUGUCCAUCGUAAGGAGAAUGCAGGAGCAGCAGAGAAACCCAUAACGGUCCAUUCGACUCCAGAGGGAUGUAGCUCUGCCUGCAGGAGCAUCAUGGAGAUCAUGCAGAAGGAAGCUCUAGACACCAAAAUCACCGAAGAGAUUCCACUGAAGAUUUUGGCUCAUAAUAACUUUGUUGGGCGCUUGAUUGGAAAGGAAGGCCGCAAUUUAAAAAAAAUUGAACAAGACACUGGGACCAAAAUCACCAUCUCCCCACUCCAGGACCUGACGCUGUAUAACCCCGAACGAACAAUCACCGUGAAGGGCUCGAUAGAGGCGUGUGCCAGAGCUGAAGAGGAGGUCAUGAAGAAACUCCGAGAGGCCUAUGAGAAUGAUGUGGCUGCCAUGAACCUCCAAUCGAAUCUGAUUCCUGGCUUGAAUUUGAAUGCUCUGGGUCUUUUCCCGGGUGGGACGACAGGAGCGAUAUCCCCAUCUAUGGUGUCGGGACCGGUUUCUGGAGCACAAGCUGGAUACCCAUCUUUUGGGCAGCAGCUGGAGUCUGAGACAGUGCAUCUCUUUAUUCCUGCACUGGCGGUGGGUGCCAUCAUUGGGAAGCAGGGCCAGCAUAUCAAGCAGCUCAGCCGGUUUGCUGGUGCAUCAAUAAAAAUUGCUCCAGCUGAUGGGAUGGAUGCCAAGCAGAGGAUGGUCAUCAUUUCAGGACCACCAGAGGCCCAGUUCAAGGCUCAGGGACGUAUCUUUGGAAAGCUGAAGGAAGAGAAUUUUUUUGGGCCAAAGGAAGAGGUCAAACUAGAAGCUCACAUUAAAGUGCCAUCGUUUGCUGCCGGCAGGGUCAUUGGUAAAGGGGGCAAAACGGUGAAUGAACUACAGAACUUGACGAGUGCAGAGGUGGUUGUCCCCCGUGAUCAGACGCCAGAUGAAAAUGACCAAGUGAUAGUGAAGAUUACAGGCCACUUCUAUGCAAGCCAGUUGGCUCAGCGAAAGAUUCAGGAGAUCCUCUCACAGGUGAGGCGGCAGCAACCCAAAGUCUCACCUACUGGGGCUCCAGUACCACGGAGGAAAUGAUCCACCCAGCACGCGGUGAUGGAGAGGACAGUGGGACAUGGGACGUGCCCAUCUCUGGACUUCACCCCACCCAGUUCCCAGCAUUUCUACAGGAAUCUAUUUUGUUUUAAACAUGAGAACACAGCUAGUCUCCCUUUCACUGCCGUAGUGUGGUAACUGCACAAUGCUAUCUUUUUUUUUCUUUUUUUUUUCCCCCCACUUUUUUUAAAUUUGUUGAGUUCAUGCAAGUUGGUGUUUGCUCUCCUAGCCAGGCUAGGGGUGGGGUCCUACAAGUUUUGGGUAUGGGAUGGGACUGGAAGUGGUGUGGUCAGAAAUAUUUUGUCCCAGUAUUGUUAGUGACUUUUUUUUUUUUUUUUUAAAUAUAACUCCUGAUGCAUUUUUUUUUUUUAAUAAAAAUUUAUAUAGAUACAAAAAUAUGAAAGGUGGCGGAGUAACACUGCCACUAAUGAUUACAGGAAGUGUUGAUUUGGUGUUAGACAGGAAACAAAGUUUAAUAUGCAUUUUUACUGAUCUACCUCAGGCUAGAGUACCUCAGAAAAAAAAAGUAAAUGUAUAUGAAAGAAAAUGUUCCUUUCUUUUUUAUUUUGCUUUGUGGUAUUUUGUAUACUUUAUAAAACCUAAUAAGUUGGUGAGCAUUUUUUAUUUUUUUAAGAAAAUACAAGUCUGCUGUUAACACAAGCCCCUCGAGCUGCAUUUUUGUGAUGCGGACAGCUAAUAAGUGUCCAUGUGUGCAUGUGUAGGUCGGGGCGGUUUAAAGGGCUUGCUGUUUGCAGAUAGGUAAAGCACCUCAGUGUUGAGGAGCUGCCAUCUUCUGGAAUCAUCCAAAAAAAGGAAAACAAAUAAAUAUAUAGAUGUCUACAAAUUCUGACUAUAUAUAUAUAUAAGAAACACUGCAGUAAUGUCAUUUAGUUUAGUAAUUAUACUAACAUUUUUGGCAGGAACAUUUUCCCACAAGCGUUAAGUUGGUAUUCAGGGAUUAGCUUGAGCGUUCAGGGAUCGUGCGAAGUCCUGCUGUAACACUGAUGCGCCUUCAUCAGGUUCUCACAGCCCAGCCCUUUGUGGCACGUGCGUUUUUCUUUUCCCAGCCUUUAUUUUUGAUGUUAUUUGUAGACUGGCUUCCAUCACACCAGGCUUUUUGUGUCAAGUCUCCUUCACACCGCGGUGAAGGUUGGGGGAGUCACAUGGUUUCAAAUGCUUUUGAUGUUACAAUACUAACGGAUGCGUCUUUAUAGCCAGCAAUAAUGUAGAAAUGGAUGUGAACUUUUUUUUAAAUUCAAAUUUAGAAAUGCAAGAAAAACUGAAUCUUUUAGAAGAAAUAGAGAAACUUUUUUUUUGUUUUUUUCUCUCGCUCGCUCUCCCAUGCGAAUGUAAAUAUGAUUUUGGUGAAAGUACUUCCACACAAGUAAUGAUGUCUACCUCAGCGGAGUUGAGGGUGGGUGGCACUGAAGCUUGUGCCUCUUGCUGUAGUGUUAAAUCUGUUCUGAUGAUGCAUUGAGUCCCUUGUGAGCGCGCUCUGGUUCUGCUUUGGCUCAGUGUGUCGUGCCUUGCCUUCACAGGAGGGGUGCAAAUGAUUUUUUUGUGCUCACCCCAUCCCUUACACUAUUGAUCUACCUCUUGGACACAUUUGAAUUAGAGGCAUAUUUGUUAAAAUUUAGGGUCAAUUCUCAGUUCCUUUUCUCUACCGGGGGGAGGAAUAAUUUAUGGAUGGUAAAUGAGUAGUUUUUUAAUGUAUUUUCAUUUUGCCUGUAUUGUGAUCUGAUUUCCUGAUUUAAAUCCUCAGUGUGUUGUGGUGGUGUGGCAUCCAUGCAUCAAUUAUAUCAAGACCUUGUUCAUUUGAGACUUGAUCAAUAACCCAGAAGUUUUUGUUGUUUUUUCCUUUUAAAAUGGACUCUUCUGAUUUAUGAACUACAAAUGAGAAGUUUAACCUCGAUGCUUAUGUAAAAUUAUACUACCCUUUAUUCAAAGAUGAGCUGUGUUGGCUGUGUGGUGUGAGGAUGUGCUGGGAUGGAGUUUGCAGAAAGUGGUCCAGUUUGAGUCGGAGCUUCACUCCUCUGCCUGCUCACCCUCACACGCUUCCACCUGUCAAAAGCCUCUCAGAAAAACUGAAUAAAAAGUCAUGUUGGCUUCUAGAA